AUGAUCCCAAACACUAAAAGAGAUUUAGUUGCCAUAGAAUACUUAUAGCAAAAUGUCUACCCUGGAUUAUAACCAGCAUUAAUGAAGUUAAUCGAUCAUGUUGUGAAAUCAGAUGAAGUUAGAAAACAUUAAGAAAGACUCAAGAAAAUAAAAAUAUUUGAUAAAAUUGAAUAGAAGAGAGUUGAAAAAGAGAGACUCAGAGCUGAGCUUGGAUCUGAGUAUGAAUCCUCAGAAGGAUCAGUUGAUUUAGAUGAAAUGGGGAUUAAUCAAUCAGAGUUUCACAAAUAUAUGGGAAAAGAUCAAAAAGAAAUUCAAUCACCUUUACCAAUGGAUGAAUAGGCUUAACAAGGAGGAGCAGAGGAAUAAAUAUCUUAAGAUCUCAAAAAAGACACUCUGUUAUCAUUAGGAGAAAUAAGAGAGGAUCAAGAGGAUGAAGACCAGGCAGACAAACACGAAUUGGAAAAAAUGAAACAAUUCCUUAGGUAAUAGAGAGAAGAAAUGUCUUUCAAUCCUUUGCUAUUUCUAGCCCAAUAGAUUCGAGAUAUUAUUUCUGCGAAUAAUUGA